AUGUGCCGACGAUACGAAUGAAGGGGCAUCUUAUGAGUGGUGAUAGCGUUGGUGGAACAUUCAUGACAUUCGCAUAGGACCGACCUCCUGCCAUUUGUAUCGAUAUUGUAUUUAACUAAUAUCCAACAUGUCUUCAUCUACCGUUAUUUGGUUAGCAUCGGGCAUCAUCUUAUCCCUAAUCACUUUUCUCGCUCUCAACCGAUCUCAGAAAGAUGUAGUACUUAGGAGGUUAGGGCUGGGAGGGCGCAAUGCGUCGCGCCCGAGUACGCCGUUGCUAGAGAAGCAGGUCUCUUCGAAGCCACUUGCCUCAUCCACAACAGACCUCCUAUUGACAUUACCACCAUCGCCACGAGGACAACUGAAAAUAAUGAUGGAGAAAAUGUCUCCUGCGCAACGAAAAGCUCUGGGCGACUUAUCGUUUAAUACGAACACAUUCACAAACUCUCUUCUGAAGUUCGAUGAGGACUACCGAACCGCCGACGACUCGAAGUAUUGCUACACCGGCUUUUCGGUGAAAGAGAUCAAAGCGCUAGGGGAUUUUCCAGACUAUUCGACGCUCUCUGAGGUCCCGAUGCCUAAGCCAUACUUAGAAUUCGACAUUAACAAGGCCAAGCCGCGGCCGUAUCGCCCAUUCAGAUGGGCAUACCAUCAGACGAUGUCAUUGACUAAACUCGAGACCGACUGGUGGCUAGAGCUAGAAUCAACCUACAAGCAGCGCAUCGCCCAGCGCAAGGCACUAUUCGCCGAACACGGAUCCGCCGUUCUGCAAUCACUCCCCGGCUCGGAGCUCGCGUGUAAGGAGCUCAUGGAGAUGGUAAUACAGUUCCUUUGCGCGCGGUAUCCGCAAUACUUCGUCCUAUCCGCGGAUAAGUCACGACUCGAGAACAAGAUCCUCGGCACCGUAUCCAUGAUCAAGGAGAAGCACCCCCUCCUCAUCCUACUAGACAACGUGCCCGAAGACUUCGGCAUGGUCCUACGGGACCCGGAGUCCGGAUACUAUGCCUUCCGCGCCGGUUUGAUCUGCUCGGCUCUGGGCUGGAACGUCGGGAGUAAGAUUGGGAUGAAGCUGCACGAGAUCCAUACGCCGAUCCCGGAUUACAAGGAGAAGAUGCAGUUUAGCAUGGACCGAUAUUUCUCCAAAAUGCCCGCCAACAAGCCGAUCCAGCGCGGCUCCUGGGGCCUCGAAGUAGACCAGCCGCUGUACAUGCCGCCCGGCGACCCGCACGCCAGCUACCGGGACUCGCAAGACACGACGCUAACACGGGACCGGAUCCAUCUCCGCGUAGACUGGCAGACGCUGCGGCGGCUCCCGCUAUCAGGAGCCGUGGUCUUCAAUUUCAAAGCGCUGUUCACGCCGAUCGAAGAAUUCCGAGACGAGCCGUACGUGCCGAGUUUGAUCCUGAAGGUGUUGAAGGAGGGCAAGGAGAAUCUCAUGAAAUACAAGAACACCUGGCACACGGAGCACAUCGUGAUCCCGACGCUGGAGGAGUUCGCGAAGGAGCAGAUUGAGAAAGGGUUGGUUGAGAAGGAUUGGGAGCCUAAGACUUUGGAUGAUAGCCCUUGGUUUCCCGGGUGGCAGGAGAAAUGGCAUAGGCAGCAGGGUUUUUAGGACGCUGGUGGGGAAAAUGAUGAUUAGUGUAGUGUAUCCAAUAUUAUCAACAGUGGUAUAAAGACUUUUGAUUCUCCGUACAAGGUAUCUAGGUGAUCCGACUAUUGCU